AUGAUCAUGGAAGUGCAGAUGGCCAUCUUCACCAACAUGCUGGGCAUGUUCCUCUUCCUGCUUCUGCUCCUCUAUGACUACGUGGUGAUCAAUAACUCCAAGAAGCAGGAGUGAGGUGGCACGGCCCCGCUGCAGAUGGCUCUGUGCUCGAGAGGAGCAUUUUCAUACUUGUCUCUUCUGCUUGCUGAGAGCUGAGGAUGCCACAAGCCUGAGCCCAGGAAUGGCCCUUAAGGGAUGCAGAAGUGCCUGCCACCAGGAUGAAAAGUCAAAAAGGGAUUGGGAAGAAGCUCCUCCAAGGUUGAGGGGUUUAGGCCCCUAUUAAA